AUGUUUGACUCGGUUGUAACAAAUAUCGGAGGUGGUUAUCACAGUCGCCAUGGACUUUUUACUGCCCCUAAAGCUGGCGUCUACAUAUUUUCUUCAUCACUUCUCGUACAACCAAACAGUGGAAUUGAAGGACAAAUAAUGAAAAAUGGUCGAAACAUUCAAGGAGUGUUGGCUAAUUCUCGUAUUCACAAAGACUAUGUUCAAGGAUCUGGGACUGCUGUAGUUCAACUUGGCAUUGGCGAUGAGGUUUGGGUUGAGACGACUGAAUGGACCCAUGACGCAGCUUUGAGAAUGGACGAUUAUACGAGCUUCAUGGGCUGUCUUAUUUUUGAGCUUUAA